AUGGACAUUGCCGCAGGAAACCAUUCCCCCUCCACCUUCAACCCCGGACCACAACACCCUUCGGCAGACCCCCGCCUGGGUCGCGUCGCUCAGAGACCUUCCAUUACCACCUCAUAUCCUCCUCCCCCUCAACAGAGGCCGACAAUAGCGGAGACUCCAGGUUCCUCUCACAUCCCAGAACUUGUCAACCAAUCGGUGGAUCAAGUAUCAAACACGGAUGUCUCCGAUCGGAGCCGAGACUCUAUGUCGCCUGUCGACCACAAUGCUCCCUCUGUCGACCUUAGUCACAUAGUACCCAUUCUCAUGAGGUUCUCGGAGCUCGCCGCCAUUAAAGGACUCAAGGAGAAGGAGAAGGCUUUAUUGCAGAAUGAAGGUGCUUCUAUCAAGCGACGCCUGGACAAGGCCAGGUCCAAAGACGCGUACCCGGUUGUGAUCGAGAAUAUACAGGCAGAAGAAGAAGUCUCUCAAUCCAAAGUACGCAAACUUCAGCAUGAUAUCGACGAGAUUGAAAAGACACGCCAACGGAUGGCCGAGUCUCUUCGGGGCUUUUUGCGCCAAACGCCGCUCCCCGUUUCAUCCUCCUAUCGUACGCCGACCUCAGCGCUCGGCGAAUCCUCCGACAGCGAGAAGAUUGCCGCCCUAGAAGCCGAUAACCAGCAGAUGAAGGCCGAGCUGCGGGAGCUCAAGGAGCUGAUCGUGCAAAAAAGCCCUGAGAUUCCCACUGGCAUGCAGGCUCAACUUUCUAAGCUUGAGAACUCAGUCAAUAGCCAGUCCAUGAGUAACCAUGGCACUAGCAAGAGAAUUCGGAGACUCGAAGAAUGGAAAGAGGGGGUGGAGAAUGGGAUGAUCCAACCACAUCUACAUGCGCCUGAGAGGGUCAUGUCUCAGGCUCCAGAUCUGGAGCCACUACGGCAAGACAUAGAAAAGGCCCAUGGGAAAGCCGCUGAAGCGCAGGAAAAGGCUCAGGCAAUGGGUGAUCGCGUCAUGGCCCUCCGGCGAGAUUUGCAGUAUCUCAGAGACCAUUUCGAUCGAGACUUAUUUGCGCGACAAGAGUUCGAGAAGACGCUCAAUGCCGUGAAAGAGUUUAUCGAGCAGGGCUCAGAUCUCAAGCGCAGACUGGAAUCCAUCGAGAAGGAACGCCUUGAGCUCAAGGACGCAGUCGCCACCGCCAGAGAGGCCAAAUCCAAAGCCGAGGAUCUGGACAUGCGAUAUACGACAUAUACCGAUAGAAACAAUGGGAGGAUAGCCCAUCUUGAGUCAACAGUUCGACUAUUGGAAGCAAGCGACAAACGUGCCUCAGAUGUUGAACCUUCUCGACCCGCAGAGGCUCUUGGGAGUGUCAAGGACAGCAUUGAGAAGGUGGAAAGCAGUCAACGCUCACUGUGGAACAAUGUCAACAAGCUGAUCUUGGACAUGCCUCAGGUACUUGAAUCUUCUAAGCAAGUACAAAAGUGUCUCUCUGGAAAUGAGUCCCUUAUGACUGCUGUUCGAUCUUUGGAACAACGCUAUUCCAACAUCAACACCGAAUAUCUGGUGAAAAACAUGGCCGCUGCAAUGAUGGAGAUGUAUCCCUCCAUGUCGCAGACCAUUGAGCAAGUGAAUCAGCUCAAAAGCUAUUGUACGAAGGAGAUUACUGCACUCAAGACAGCAACGCAGAAUGUCGACCUCGCAUCCUUGGAAUCUAAGAUGAGCCAGCUCCGCACAGAACUCGCCAACAAGCUGCUUCACCUUCAAAACAGUGUCUCUGACCAGGCCAAGAGUAUCAAUGAGCAGCUGGAGGAGACUUGGGAGUUGAAAAACAAAUUUCAGACCCAGUCUGAUGCGUUCUCGGAACUCGGUGAAUCUAUCCCACAAGCGCUACAACAAGCGGAAAGAGUGACCGAGGUGUCGACCAAGCUGGAAGCGUUGUAUGAAGACCUUGCAUCGCUGAAAGCUAAAUUCGAAGCUCAAGAUGUCACGGAAAAGGUGUCUGGGCUCUCAAAACAGCUCGAAGCCUUGUCCAAGAAUGUUGAUCCCCCGAGCGUGAAGCAAAAUGGACCCGAGGUGGUGAACAAAGUCACUGAGAUCUCAGAAAGGCUUACGGACCUGACUGCCAAUUACCAACUUCUGGAAACGAGGCUGAUAACACAAGAGCUGGCCGACUGGAAGGAGGUGGAUGAACUCAAAUCUGGCCAUGGAAAUCUCAUUGAAGAGCUAAAGGCCGUGAAGACCAGGGUGAAAAGUCAAGAUGACACAGAGAAGAUGAUCGCGGUCUCUGAAAACCUCAAAUCUCUUUCCGAUGACUUGAAAUCUCUGCAAACCAAGUUUGAUGAAGAGCUAGGGUCACUGAAAUCUCGCGUGGAUAAUUUGGGACACAACGAGGAGCUGAGUAAGCUUAGGAAUGAGCUCCUGACUCGAAUUGAUAAAUUGCAAGCGGCGGCUCAGUCAGGUUCUAAUCGCAAUGCCACUGGAGACGAUGCGAGCGAACGAUCAAUGCUCAACCAUCCGGGUGUCUGCGGCUCCCUUGGGGAUCACUAUCGAAUCCUUGGUAGCGCAACCCGAAACCAGAAUGAACAUGGACAUGUACUAGACAUGCCGUCCACCUUACGCCCUGGAGGAGAUGGACCAAUUACAACGGCUGACUCGUCCGUGCCAUACUUUGACGCCGUCUCGGAACAUGCGAGGGAUAGUUUGGAGGAAUCGAGUCCUUGUCAUCGAAGUGAACAGUCUGUCUCGGAAGACGAGCUCAGCUUUCGGCCCAAUCGGCCAGCUGCAACUACCGAUACACCAAUGGGGUUACGGAUCACGGAGAACGAGAACGGCUAUCACGAAUCACGAUCGUUCAACAAAAGUGUUCGCCAAUCGACCCCUUCGGACGUUUCGCAUGACCCAGAUGAUCAGCCCUCUCCUCAACCCGCGACGAGCGAGGUACCCAUGGCGUAUCGGAUCACCGAGAACGAGAGGGGUCAGACCGAGAACGGGAUGUCUAGGAAACGUCCCCGUCAAGGAACUGCUUCGGAGGAUGAGCGUCGGUCUCGGGCUCGUUUCGCCAAUGGUACUGGGGCCCCAGCUCCCCCCAUAUCGGCAUUCGCAAAGAAGGCGAAGAAAAAGCAAGAGAAAAGGGAGAGAAAGGAACAGAGGAAAAAAAACAGACAGAGUUUGCCUCACUGA